AUGGCCUCCAAGGCGCUGCAUACUGUUUUCCGAGGGCUUGAGCUCCUGUGGGCUCUGCUGGUCAUGGCCCUCGUCGGCAACAUGAUCGCAACCGCCUACGCCGGCAACCCGAGCAUCGUGAAUUACACCAUGUUCGUCUCCGUCUUCUCCAUGCUCAGCCUGUUUUACUUGAUCCCGGCGACAAUCAAGGAGGGCUUGGGCAUCCCCAUGGCCAUCAUCGCCCUCGACUUGCUCAACGUUGUUUUUUACUUUUGCGCCGCGGUGGCACUGGCCGCCUACCUCGGGGCCCACAGCUGCAGCAAUUCGGGCUACACGCACAGCAACUCCAUCACGAACGGCUCUCGGGACACCGAGAAGCGUUGCCGGGAGGCGCAGGCGUCGACCGCCUUCCUGUGGUUCGGCUUUGCGUGCUUCUGCGCCACCGCCUUCUUCUCGUGGCAGCAGAGCCGCGGAAGCGUCAGCAUGCGUGGUAGCCGCGGCGCCCCGUCCAUGAGCCAGGUCUAG